GUUCAGAACCUAUGCUGGAAAAGAAAAAGAAAGAGUCGGAGACGAAGAGUAAAUUUUACUGUGAAGUCUGUCAGUGUCGCGCUGCUGACGUCACGACCGCCGUCUCCGCCCUCUUCAUAAGUGGCUACCUCCGAAGUGUGUCUUGUGUGUCUCUGUGUAGAUGCUGAGGAUAUGCGGGCUUGGUGUGGUGCUGAGCCUGGCCGUGGCGGCGGCGGCUGUCAUGGCCGUGUGGUUGAUGGACUGGUGGGGUCUCCGCCCUGGUAUUCGCCUCUUCGUACCCGAGGAGCUAGCCCGCUAUCGCGGCGGCCCAGGGGACCCGGGCCUGUACUUGGCACUGCUCGGCCGCGUCUACGAUGUGUCCUCUGGCCGGAGGCACUACGAGCCUGGGGCGCACUAUAGCGGCUUCGCAGGCCGAGAUGCAUCCAGAGCGUUUGUCACAGGAGACUAUUCUGAAGCCGGCCUCGUGGAUGAUGUAAAUGGCUUGUCCUCCUCUGAGAUACUGACACUGCACAGCUGGCUUUCGUUCUAUGAGAACAAUUAUGUAUUUGUUGGAAGACUGGUUGGAAGGUUCUACAGAAAGGAUGGGCUACCCACUUCAGAACUAACCCAGGUAGAAGCCAUGGUGACCAAAGGCAUGGAGGCAAAUGAACAGGAACGGAGAGAAAAGCAGAAGUUCCCUCCGUGCAAUGCCGAAUGGAGCUCUGCUAAGGGCAGCAGGCUCUGGUGCUCCCAAAAGAGUGGAGGUGUGCACAGAGACUGGAUUGGUGUUCCCAGGAAGUUGUAUAAGCCAGGGACCAAGGAGCCCCAUUGUGUGUGUGUGAGAACAACUGGUCCUCCUAGUGACCAGCAAGACAACCCUAGACACUCAAAUCGUGGGGACUUGGACAACCCCAAUUUGGAAGAAUACACAGGUUGUCCACCGCUGGCCAUCACUUGUUCCUUCCCAGUCUAAGAUGGUGUCCUGCAUGUUGCUGACACAUGGAGAACCUUCCCUAGAUCUACAGAAAGCCCUCCUUGUGUCCUAGGAUGGCUCCUGGCCUGAAAUAGGAGUGUCAAGGACUCCAGCCACACUCUGCAAAUAUGGGUCACAAUUCUACUGACUGAGACAAGAGCCUGAUAGCCUACCUCGUAUGGUCAGCUUGUUUUGACACUGUUUGGAACCUCUGUCCCUGUCAUCUUCUUUCAGAGCCUGCAGACAUUAACGAACACAGUGAAAUCGACACAGAACUGCUUGGGUAAGAAGUCUGAGAGUAGAAACAGGCGGAUUUCUGAGUUAGAGGCCAGCCUGGUCUACAGAGUGAGUUCCAGGACAGCCAGGGCUACACAGAGAAACCUUGUCUCGAAAAACCCAAAAAAAAAAAAAAAAAAAAAAAAAGAAGAAGAAGAAGUCUGAGAGCUGCAGCAGGGACAUCCCAUAGAUUCAGUGCUGCCUGAGUCAGAGCUUGGAUCUGCCCAUCAUGCCAGUCCUGCUGGUACUUGGAGCAGUAGUGAGACAGGACUGUGGCUCUCAGUGGAAAAAUCAGGCAUUUCCCAAGAAGAUCUUGCACCUUAGUAAAAUAAAGGUAACUGUACUAAGUCACA